ACACUGCAGACUGAUACACACACACAGACAAGAUGGCGGACCGCAGCAGCUGCAGUUUGUCCAUAACAAAAAGGCCGAGUUAGAACUUGUCCCGGACUUUGUUACUCCGCUUCCUCUGCUCAGAUCGGAGACAUGAGCGGCCUCCGCCGCUUCUAAAGGUUCGUUUGGCGGCUCUGCGUGUUUCCCCGGGUAUGUUACCGUGAACCCGCCGCCAUCUGAAGCGGACUUUGGCCGUGUUCUUCGAGGUCAGACGUGGGUCUUCCAACAUGGCGGCAGCGUCUUACGACCAGCUGCUGAGGCAGGUGGAGGUGUUAAAGAUGGAGAACUCCAACCUGCGACAGGAGCUGCAGGACAACUCCAACCACCUGACCAAACUGGAGACUGAGGCCUCCAACAUGAAGGAAGUGCUGAAGCAGCUGCAGGGCACCAUAGAGGAAGAGUCUGGAGAGGCGUCUGGGUCACAGCUGGAGCUCAUCGAACGACUGAAGGAGAUGAGCCUGGACCCUGCAGGUUUUAAGCCCAGACUGAGGCCUCCACUGCCCCCCUCAUCGUCCUCCAGUUCGGCUUCCUCUGCCUCUGGAGCUCCUGGAGGAGCCGCUGGAGGCCCCCCGACCCCCGCAGCCUUCACCCGGAGGGGACUGCCGUCUGUGGGCAGAGACAGCCACGACCGCUGCCUGGAGGAGCUGGAGAAGGAGAGGUCUCUGCUAUUGGCUGAAUUAGAGAAGGAGGAGAAGGAGAAGGACUGGUACUACGCUCAGCUGCAGAAUCUCACCAAGAGGAUCGACAGCCUGCCACUCACUGAAAAUUUCACUCUGCAGACGGACAUGAGUCGUCGUCAGCUGGAGUUUGAGGCUCGUCAGAUCCGUUCAGCGAUGGAGGAACAGCUGGGAUCCUGUCAGGAAAUGGAGAGGAGAGCUCAGACCCGUGUGUCUCGCAUUCAGCAGAUCGAGAAAGACAUCCUGAGACUGGGAGCUCGUCUGCAGGUGGAUGAGGUUCAGGGGCCAAACGAUGCUAGUGGAUUGGCUGGAGCUCAGUGCUCCAGCAGCCGAUUGGACCACGAGCCAACCAGUGAGGCCAGUUACUCUGUGCCUCGACGAAUCACCAGCCACCUGGGAACAAAGGUGGAGAUGGUGUAUAGUCUUCUGUCCAUGCUGGGCACUCAUGAUAAAGAUGACAUGUCGAGGACGCUGCUUGCCAUGUCGAGCUCGCAGGACUCGUGCAUUGCCAUGCGUCAGUCCGGCUGUCUGCCGCUGCUCAUCCAGCUGCUGCAUGGCAACGACAAAGACUCUCUGUUGCUAGGUAACUCUCGUGGCAGUAAAGAGGCUCGAGCUCGAGCGUCAGCAGCACUGCACAACAUUGUCCAUAGUCAGCCGGAUGAUAAGAGAGGCCGGCGCGAGAUCAGGGUGCUCCACCUGCUGGAGCAGGUUCGUCAUUACUGUGAGGCAUGUUGGAGCUGGCAGGAAAACCACGAGAGGGGAGUGGAGCAGGAGGACAACCCCAUGCCGUCUCCAGUGGAGCAUCAGAUCUGUCCGGCCGUCUGCGUCCUCAUGAAACUGUCUUUCGAUGAAGAACAUCGACAUGCCAUGAACGAACUUGGCGGUCUGCAGGCAGUGGCGGAGCUGCUGCAGGUGGACUGUGAGAUGUUUGGUCUCAGCAGUGAUCAUUACAGUGUCACUCUGCGGCGAUACGCCGGCAUGGCACUCACCAACCUCACCUUCGGAGAUGUGGCCAACAAGGCCACGCUGUGCUCCAUGAAGGGCUGCAUGAGAGCGAUGGUUGCCCAGCUGAAAUCUGACAGUGAAGACCUGCAGCAGGUAAUAGCGAGUGUGUUGAGGAACUUGUCGUGGCGUGCUGAUGUCAACAGUAAAAAGACUCUGCGUGAAGUCGGCAGUGUGCGAGCGCUCAUGGGCUGUGCUCUUGAGGUCCAGAAGGAGUCAACCCUGAAGUCUGUACUGAGCGCACUUUGGAACCUGUCAGCUCACUGUACAGAGAACAAGGCCGAUAUCUGUGCUGUGGAUGGUGCUCUGGCGUUUCUGGUGGGAACAUUGACGCACCGCAGCCACACCAAUACGCUCGCCAUCAUUGAGAGCGGUGGCGGAAUCCUGCGCAAUGUCUCCAGCCUGAUCGCCACCAACGAGGCGCACAGGCAGGUCCUGCGUGAGCAUGGCUGCCUGCCAACUCUGCUGCAACACCUGAAGUCUCACAGUUUGACCAUUGUGUCAAAUGCCUGCGGGACACUCUGGAAUCUGUCAGCCAGAGAUGCCAAAGACCAGGAGGCAUUGUGGGAGCUAGGCGCUGUGGGCAUGCUGCGCAACCUCAUCCACUCCCGGCACAAGAUGAUUGCCAUGGGCAGUGCCGCUGCCUUGCGUAACCUGAUGGCCAACCGACCGGCACGCUACAAGGAUGCCAGUGUGGUGUCACCUGGUGCUGGCGCCCCAUCACUGCAUGCUCGCAAACAGAAGGCAUUGUUCGAGGAACUGGAUGCCCAGCAGCUGUCAGAGACUUUUGAUAACAUCGACAACCUGAGCCCCAAGGCGGCCCACAGGAAGGGACGGGGAUGUAACGGAACUGGAGGAGGAGGGAGUGCAACACGCUCGUAUGCCAACACACCGGUGCUUUCAAGCCCAAAGAAUGGAGAUGUAUCAAAGAGGACGAGUGAGGAUGUGACGUAUGCUCGGCCAUUAUUCCCACCCAGUGUCCGAGCAUCUAGUGACAGUCUCAACAGCGUGACGAGCGCCGAUGGAUACGGCAACCGUGGCAAGACCAAACCAUCGUCAGAGCCAUUCUACUCAUCAGAUGACAGCGGAACCAACAAGUGCUGUGUCUACAGGAAGUACCCGGCUGACUUGGCACACAAGAUCCGUAGUGCCAAUCACAUGGCAGAUGAUGAUGGAGCAGAACUGGAUACGCCCAUAAACUACAGCCUUAAGUAUUCUGAUGAACAGUUGAAUUCUGGGAGACAGAGCCCGAGUCACCGUGGGGGCAUCGAGAGUGAUGAGGAUGACGAACAAGAUGCUAGGCUGAGAAGGACUGAUUGCAGCGACUCAGCAACAACCAACAGCCGCAUUGUGUCUGUGCCACCGCCACGCUAUGUCGUUCCCACAGCAGCAUCAAACUAUGGUGGUGACACGACAGGUGAGCAGCCAAUUGACUACAGCCUGAAGUAUGGCACUGACACUGCCCGCAAACCACUGUUCAAGCCAGAAGAAACUGCUACGCCAGCUGCUCCACCUGCCCCAUCAUCCUCUGCUAACAAGCUCCGCCCCCCUCCGCCCCCAGCCAAUCGGGCCGUGCCUAAAGGUAACCAGGAGUCAACACAGACGUACUGCGUGGAAGAUACGCCCAUUUGCUUUUCAAGAGGCAGCUCUCUGUCCUCGCUGUCAUCCGAGGAGGAAGAGGAGGACGGCAAUGUCAUUGAAAGGAGGAGGAGAGGUGGGAGCGUUGUCAGCGGUGGUGUUAAUAAUGACUAUCCGACACUUCCUGUCAACGAAAAGGAUGCACACGAGCAGCAGCAGAGGCAGCAGAAGGAGGCAGAGAGCCAGACUGCUGCUGCCAUUGUUCCCUCCACACGGGCAAGACGAGGUCACCACCAUCAUGGUCAUGCUCAUCACCACCAUCACCAACAACAUGUGACAUCUUCUGGUGCAAGGACUCCAAAAAGUCCUCCAGAGCAGCCUUAUGCUCAGGAGACACCGCUGAUGUUCAGCCGCUGCACAUCUGUCAGUUCCCUCGACAGCUUUUCCACUUCAUCCAUCGCCAGCUCUGUGCGCUCCAGUGAGCCAUGCAGUGGUGUACCGAGUGGUGUGGUCAGCCCCAGCGAUCUGCCUGACAGCCCAGGACAGACCAUGCCACCGAGCCGAGCCAAGACGCCACCAUUGCCACCACCAACGCAGAAAACAUUGGAGCAGGAAAAGGUCAAGAAGAAGGAUGAGGAGGAGAGCAGUGCUGAUAUUCUGCUACACUUCGCUACAGAAAGCACACCGCAUGGUUUCUCCGGAGCCUCCAGUCUGAGUGCACUCAGUCUGGAUGAACCCUACAUUGCAGCAGAGAUGAAGAAGAAGAAAGAGCAGGAGGGUGGAGGGAAGGAGGAGAGGGAGGAGGAGGCAGCCAAACCCAUCCUUGAUGAAUCAGAUGAUGAUGAUGACAUUGAGAUUCUGGAAGCCUGCAUCAAUAUGGCCAUGCCUAAGUCAUCAAGAAAACCAAAGAAACCACAGCAGGCAGCGCCACGGAAACCCAGUCAGCUUCCUGUUUACAAGCUCCUCCCACCUCAAAGCCGCGCUCAGUCACAGCCAAGGAAGGAUGUGCCACCAGUGCCCGAGGAGGUGCCAAGAGUUUACUGUGUGGAGGGGACACCUCUCAACUUCUCCACUGCCACCUCACUCAGUGAUCUCACUAUUGAGUCACCACCCAAUGAGGAAGCAGCAGCAGCCGUUACACCAGUAGGCCCUCCCGCUUCUACUCAGGGAAGGCGGGCUGGACUUCCUGAGGGCGAGAAUGGUGACGACAUUCUUGCCGAGUGUAUCAACGCUGCUAUGCCCAAAGCCAAACCCAGAAAACCAGUUAGGGCAGCAGUGAACAAUGAACACCUUCAAGUCCCGCCUCUUCCCCCACCUCUUCCUCCACCUGCUCCACCCCCCCUUGGCCCACAACCGCAAAAGAAAAAGCCCACGUCACCAGUGAAGCCAAUGCCCCAGCGGGCGUUGUACAGUGUUGCCACAGCAACAGCUGCCAAGGCUAAACCAGGGUUUGCAUUUGACUCGCCACGCCACUACACACCUAUUGAAGGUACGCCAUGCUGCUUUUCACGCAAUGACUCUUUGAGCUCACUUGACUUUGAUGAAGAUGAAGGUGCAGAGAAGGAUGAAGAGGAGAAGAAAACAAAAGAAGAAGGAAGGAGGAGGAAGCAGCAGACAGCAGCUGUUUUCCCUCGAACAAAACCUGCCACCAACCCGACAGCAACAGAUGAGAAACAGAAGUUCGCCAUUGAGGACACGCCCGUCUGCUUCUCCAGAAACUCCUCCCUGAGCUCGCUGAGCGACAUUGACCAAGAGAACAACAACAAGGAGUUUGCCCCACCGGCAUCAUCUGAGCAGCAAGAUGGAGGCAAAGCAGGAAAAAAGUCUCCUCCUCCUCCUUCUCCUCCACAGGCCGAGUCAAAACCCCCCCCGGCUACUGGUUAUGCCCCCAAAGCAUUCCACGUGGAGGAUACACCUGUCUGCUUCUCCCGGAACUCGUCGCUCAGUUCACUGAGCAUCGAUUCGGAGGACGACCUGCUGCAGGAGUGCAUCAGCUCUGCCAUGCCCAAGAAGAAAAAGAAAGCCACUGCUGUCACUGUCCCAGCCAAUGUUGGCACUGCACCUCCUGUUCCCAAAGUCGAAAACGGAAUUCUGGCUGAGGGGGAGCCUACAGAGGCACCAAGAAGUCCUGCCUCCCCUGACUCUGAGUCCUUUGAUUGGAAGGCAAUCCAGGAAGGCGCCAACUCCAUCGUCAGCAGCCUGAAUGCUGCUGCUGCCGCUGCUGCCUCAUCAUUGUCUCGUCAGCCAUCAUCAGAUUCUGACUCAGUCCUGUCCCUGAAGUCUGUGGGCUCACCAUUCCGCCUGCCAGCAGCCAAUACUAAUGCAGAAGAAGACGAGGUGGAAGAGAAAGAGGAGGCGACUGUGAAGCGAGGGGCAAGGAUCCUGAAGGGUGGAGAACGAACCACGUUGGAGGCCAAAAAGAAGAAGGAGGAGGAGGAAGAGGAGGAGGCAAAGGCUGUUAGAGGUGGAAAGAAGGUGUAUAGGAGUCUGAUAACAGGUAAGCCAAGGCCAGAGCCAGCAGCCAGGGGGCGGAGCAAACCCAGAGCAGCAGCCAUGGCUAAAGCUCCAGGAAUUGGUGAAGGCACUGACAGAGGAUGUGGGUCAUCCCGGGACUCCACGCCAUCUCGCUCUUCUAAUGCAGCCAGUCAGAAAGGAGGAAAGCUACCGCAGUUGCCACGCACUGCAUCGCCAGGAAGUGCAUCAUCAUCAUCAUCAUCAGCCUCUAGACCAGCCAAACAAAGUGGGGCAUCGAAGAGUGGUGGCAUCCCAAGGAGUGAAUCUGCAUCAAGGGUCAGUGGCUCCACGGUUGCCAAGAAGCAGAAGCCUGAGCCAGACAAGCCAGCACUUGUUCGUCAGUCGACCUUCAUCAAAGAAGCGCCAAGCCCAACACUAAAGAGGAAGCUGGAGGAGUCUGCAGCUGCAGUAACAUUAGAGUCUCCAUCCAGCCCCGAUACUCCACUACCAGCGGGAACCAGGAGACAUGACGUCAACCGCUCACACUCUGAGAGCCCGUCACGUCCACAAGAAGUGACAUCAUCACGGUUCAGCCGCACUGGAACCUGGAAACGGGAAAACAGUGGCGGGGGAGGAGGGGGAGGAAAUGGCAGUAAACACUCUACAUCGUUACCACGUGUGGGGACGUGGAAGAGGACAGGAAGUUCUUCCUCUGUGCUGUCAGCGUCAUCAGAGUCCAGCGAGAAGGGGCGUAGUGAGGAGGAGAGUGCAGUGAGGUCAAAGGGGACAUGGAGGAAGGCGAAGAGCGGCAGCGGCGACUCAUCAGCUGGGCGGAGCUUCGCCAACAAAUCAGAAGAUGUGUGGGUUCGUCUGGAGGACUGUCCCGUCAACAAUCCACGCUCUUCCUCUUCCUGUUCAGCUCGCUCUCCCACCGCUAACGCCCCACCUAUCAUUGAUUGCCUCACCCCUUCCAAAAUCCCUUCCUCCUCCUCUUCCUCCUCUUCUAACCUCAACCUGCGGCGCAGCUGCGAGAGCCUUGAAGACAAACCACCGCUUCCUGAACGUCAACAGCAGCAACAGCAGCGCAGUCAGCAGCGCAGUGGAGCUGUGGCGGCUAGAGUUAGCCCCUUCAACUACACCCCGAGCCCGAGGAAGAGCAAUGCUGAUGUCACCACCACCACACCAACAACCACCACCACAUCAUCAUCAUCAUCAUCAACCACACCCACACGACCCUCACUCAUCCCCACCCCUGUCACCAAAAAACGGGAGCCGAAGGGGGGAGAAGGCGGUGGCGGUGGCGGUGGCAGCAGUAGUAGUGAACGAGGCUCGUACAUAGUGACGUCAGUGUGAAAACAAACAGGAAGAAGAAUCUGGAAAUAGUUAGACACAAAAUGGCUGCCACAGUUGAGACAGUAAAAUGGAGGAAAUGUGAAUAUGAGAAUAGAAAUGUCAGAAGUGUUUGUGGACUGAACUGUACAGGAAGUCUGUAUUUAAUUGCUAUCCCUGCCCACUCUCCUCCCUCCCCUCACCUGAUUGGCUCUUCUCACCUGUCAGUCAAGCUUCUUUAUUCCACAAAAGAAAACUUUAAAAAAAGAACUUUUUAUGUUUUUAUACCACUAAAAUGAUGUGUAGCGCUUAGCUUUGCCCCUCUGCCUGUUUCCCUGCAUGUUCCCGCCCCCCACCUUUACAAUGACAGUUACCAUGGUGACCUAACGAUGAUGAUGAUGAUGUUUCUAAUAGCUGUAGCGUCUGAGCUGAUUCUGCUCUUUUGGAAGUUUUCAUGUUUUUCACUGGAGUUUGGUUCUGAAAAUAAAUUGGUUUUUUUUUUUGGGUCUUGUCAAUGGGUAGAAAUUAUAUAACUUUCACCACAUGGAGAUGAUCUGGUGUCUGAAACUGAAGAGUUCAACACUUCAACUUCAACACAAACAGUUUGAUCUGAGAAAAUCAAAUCAAUCAAAUUUUAAUUCUUCAGCCAAAUUCUUAUCAAAUUCUGAGAAUUUAGCAGUUAGAAGUCCAAGAUGUUCUCACUGUUUGAAUUCUCAUGAAAAUUCAGCAUCAGUUUCAUCUGGAAGAGUCCGAGUUGCAAUGUUUAACAUUAUUUAUUAUAGUUAGCUAUUAGUUAGUUUAUUAGGAUCAACAGACUGGACCAUUUUCAGCUGCGCUGUUGGCAUUUCAUUAUUUCUCUUUUGUCAGAUGGAUGUGUAAAAAAGCAAAACAAAAAAAAACAGAACAGUUUUUCAGAACCUCACUCACACAAUCUGCAUUUGCUUGAGAGGGAAGUUUGCUGCCUUCCAAACAGUACAAAUUUGAACACUUUGAAAAGUUUAUAUAUGAGGAAAAGUUCAAGUCUGUUCAUGAAUUUCCUGAUGAGAGUUAAGGAUUUUCUUCAGGAAAUUGUAUUUUGGCUGAAAACGUCCCGCUCUGCUCGCCUUGGAAACAAAUAACACUGUAAAAUGUAAGUUAUUGCUGUAAAACCUUUUAACUUUGAAGCACAUAAUUUAAAACAAAAUGAGUUUUGCCAAAAAAGUUUCCACAGUGUUUAUCCAUGGCUGUAAGUUGAUUUUCACUGUUUUAUGUUGAACCUGGAGGAAAACGACUCAAAGGCAAAAACUUUUUGGUGAAAUGUUAAACAAAUGAUGAACAAUAAAAUUCAACAUUUUAGGUGCA